AUGGUCCGCCUCAAACACCGCUACAUCCUCCUCGAUAUCCUCUAUCCCGAUCCCUCAACAUGGCCCGCAGCUACCUCCCGCACCAAGAACAACAACAACAACAACAACAACAACCCCCAAUCCAAAUCUAAAUCGCAAGCACAGCUACAAAUCCACUCGCCCACAUCCGACGCCCUAACACCCGGUCUACUAGCAAAGAUGGUGCGAGAGGAAGUCUCCCUCAUGUUUGGCGAUUACGGUGUUGGUAGAUUAGGUGGUGCUGGCGCGGGGGGUAUUAGUGUGAAAUAUCUCUCCCCCGCUACUUCGACGGCGAUUAUUCGGUGUCCUCGCGCGUCGUUCAGGCUUGUCUGGACGGCGUUGACUUGCAUGUCGCAGGUCCCUGGGUUUAGUGACCCUGGGUCGAAGAGGUCGAGUUCCACCAGGGCUUGUGUGUUUCGGGUUAUUAGGGUGUCGGGGACGAUGCGCAAGGCUGAGGAGGAGGCGAUUCGUAGGGCCAGGAGGGAGAUUGUGAGGUUGAGGGAGGCGGAGGAGAGUGGGGUUUUGGAGGGGUUGUUGGGUGGAUUGGUUGAUGUGGGUGGGGAGGUGAGUACGCCGGGUACUGGGGGGGAGGGGGAUGUGGAUUUGGGUGUGGAUGUGGAUGUGGUGAUGGAGAGUGAGGAUGAUGAUUGA